CGUCAUCAUGCCUCGGACCACAAGAAGACGCCAGGUCGAAGCUCCCUCUGCAGCUCAACCCAUCAGCAACUUUACCCGCGUCUCCAAGAGCCAGGCUUUCCCCGAGGCCACCAAAAAGGACGCCAUCUCCCGCACUGAGUCGACGAGGAAGAGGAAAGCCACAGUCGACGAUGCUGAAAGCAAUCACGCCCGGGUCACGAGAAGGACCGUCUCGUCUUAUCCCAGCAGCGAUGAAGAGCCGGUGGCAGCAACACCAUCGAAGCGCGCCUGUCGAAGAGACUCGUCAAACGAGGAGGCGGCCCUGAACGUUGAGGCCCCGGUCAAGGGCAAGAAAGUCGCCAAGUCGACGCCUUCACGCGCCGCUGCUGCUCAUAAGCCAAGCGAAUCGACCAUCAUCGCAAAGUCGAAGCAAGACGGCAGGACUAAGACUGUGCAGACCAAGCUUGACUCGUUCCGCCUGGCUGGCCAGAAGAAGGAACAGGGCAAGGCACAUGGCAUCGAGUCCGAGUUCGCACCUGAGCUGGUCGACCUGAUCCGCCUCCACAAGGCCUUCCUCAAGACCAUCACCCUCCAAAUCGCACACAGCGGAAGCAUUGCGCCCAUCGACAUCUCAUCCAUCACGCCCAACAUCUCCCGCUCUUGGGGCAAGCGACAGGUCACAGUCGACGACAUUCGAAGAUGCAUUGCCCUCCAGACUUCAACACGAGCUGCCGAUGUCGUCUCGCCCUUCAUCGUGUCCGACUAUGGCCGUGGCAAGAUCUGCAUAGAGCUGCAUCCCGACCACACCAAUGGCGCAAUUUCCAUCAACGAAGAUCACCUCUGCAGAAAUUUCGAGCAAAAUCUCCGCGACCUUUGCGCUGGCCGAGCCCAUGAUCAUGACACGUCCGACGACGUGGACGUGCCUCUGGCCAGUUUAUCUCUGGACGAGCUGCCCCGCGCUGAAAUCAGAAACAUGGAUACUGGCAUCAAAGCCAACCAGAUUCUUGCCAAAGGACACAAUGCCCUAUCGGCACUCAAGGGAGGAAUGCUAGCGAAGCAGCAAGAGAAGGAGACCAAACAGCAGGCCGCUGCCGCCAUGGUGAACCCCGACGGCACCAAGAUGAGCCUGUUGGACCGUCUACGAUACAAGCAACUCGCAAAGGCCAACGAGCCUCUUCCGCAGGGACCAGAGCUCCAGCGCCGAGCCGCUUUGAACCGCGUCAUCGACGUCGCUGCUACGAUUUCCAUGCUCAGCCUGGCCAACCCAGCGUCUCUGCCACGACAGGCCUUCACCAUGGGCCUCAUCUCGGACAAGCUCAGGGACUCUCUGCGUGUUCCGCUUUCAAAGGAGGAGGGGAUGAUUUGCGUCCGGCUGAUUGCCAAUGAAGUGGCACCAGAGUGGCUCAAGAUUGUUACCAUUGGCGGAAGGGAGAACGUCGUUGUCUCGAGGGGCUCGCAGCCUGUUGAUCGGGUGCUCCAAGAGCGAGUACAGAAGCUGCUGGCAUGAU